GUGGACAAUUGCAAUAAUGGACUUAAUGAAUUCUUUUAAAUACACCUUAAUAAAAAAAAUAAGACUAUACAAUUUGGUAAUAGCCGUCUUUGUUCAGGAGCAGUGUCUCCAUCUUUUGAGUGAUGUUGAAGGUACCAGUACAAAAGUAAAAUUUAUGGGUUUAGUAGGUUCCAAAGGAGCUGCAACAGUAAGAUUCGACUUUGCUGGCGUGAGCGUCUGUUGCGUUAAUUCACACUUAACCGCCCAUCAAUUUAAUGUUAAAUCUCGAGUUAACGAUUACAAUCUGAUAACAAGUAUCCAGCAAUUUAAAGAUAAGUCAGCUAAGAAUAUAAUGGAACAUGAUUACAUAUUUUGGAUGGGAGAUUUGAACUUUAGAUUAGAUAAAAUAAGCACCGAAGUCGCUUUGGAUCAUGUAAAAAAACAAGAAUUUCAGACACUACUAAAGUAUGAUCAAUUAACUAAAUUAAGAACUUUGAAAACAGCUUUUAAUGGAUUUAAAGAGGCUCCCAUAAAUUUCCGUCCAACUUAUAAAUUUGAUCCAAAAACAGAUAAUUACGAUAUAAAAAGUCAAAGAAAACCGGCUUGGACUGAUAGAAUUAUCUGGAAAUUAAGUAAAGAAGAUUCAUUUCUCAAGGUUAAAGCAGGCUCUUACCAAUCUCAUCCAUAUCUGAAGCAGAGCGAUCAUAGACCAGUUACUGGUUACUUUUUCUUUAAAGCUUUUAAAAAUGACCGGUUUUAG